GUCAUCUCACAAAUAUUGCUCGUAUGAUAAAUUUGUCAUGUUUCCUGUUGCUGAUGGCGCCACGACUGCCUGAUAAUAGAAACAUGUUAAAACGCUUUUAGUCUACAUUUAUAUUAUCUGCAUUUGACGUUUUUCAAUUUCAAUAUGAGAACCGAGGAGAAUUUGAAAGCCUUGAUGGGAGGAGAAGUUAUCGUAGAUGCUUUACCGUACAUCGACCAAGGCUACGAUGAGCCCGGUGUCAGGGAAGCGGCUUUGGCAAUGGUCGAGGAAGAAACUCGACGAUACAGGCCAACAAAAAAUUAUUUAGAACAUUUACCAGCACUCAACAUAAAUGCUUUUGAAACUGAAGUAAUGAAACAUGAAUUUGAAAGAAUGCAAAAUCGUUUACCCAUGGAGGUUCUUACUAUGAAACGUUAUGAAUUACCACCACCUCCACCUGGAAAAAUGAACGAUUUAACAGCAUGGAAUGAGAGUGUUGAAAAUAGUAGUGCGCAGUUGGAGCAUCAAGCCACAAGAAUCUGCAAUUUGGAGCUAAUGAUGGAAUAUGGCUGUGAAGCAUGGAAGUCAUACCUUGAAAUAUUAGUUCAACUAUUGGCAGCAGCACAAAAGCAGCUACAGGGAUUGAGAAAACAAAUUCAAGAAGUUAAUUGGCAAAGGAAAUCAAUGCAAACACAGGGUGGAGAAAAGUUAAGAGCAUUGGAGGCACAGUGGGUAGGAUUGGUGUCAAAGAACUAUGAAAUAGAGCAAGCGUGUGUACAUUUGGAAGAAGAAAUUCAAAAGUCAAGCUUGUCCGAGGGCAAAGGAGUAGAGGUUAAUGAUGUACCAGAAGAGGAUCAGGAACCUGCUGUUCCAGGGAGCAAUGCGACUGAAGCUAUGAGCAUAGAAAUUACUCACCAAGAAGAACAGCAAGCAUAAGCAUUUAAAUAUUUAUUAUUAAUAUAUUAACUAUAUGAAGGACUGAUUGAAUAUGUAAGUUUUAUAAAAAAUAAUCGCAGACCAGAGUUGUCUCAGGCCAUCGAAAUGCUAUAAUCAAUAAAGCGCAAUUUAUUUAAA